AUGGAGGGCACAAUUCUUGAGGUUUUGACACAGGAGAAUCCAGUGCUGAGAUUGCAAUCUCAAAAGUCUGGCCGUCUCACCCAGAAUCCUAAUUACAUCGAUUUAGCUCCACGGGAGGUCUCGAUGAGCGCUUGGGAUGACUUCAACUACGACAACAUCAUCGCUGCUCUUGGCAAUAUUCUCGACCAUGGACCAGUGGAAAGCAGAGUCAAAGAAGAUGUUGGCGGCAGCCAGCUAGACAUUGAAGACGAAGACGACAUUGAUAGGAUCAGCGACCACUGGUUCUAUGAAGUUACCAACAAGCCCUUGAAAUUCGGUUCACUCCAACUAUUACAGCAACUCGGAAUGGAAGAGGUCAAUGUAUCGUUCCGGUUGAAAGGAGCAAAGCUUAAGGAUCCAGUCAAUGACAACAAACUCCUCCCGGACUGGGUCGUCUACCAACAUUCGGAACCCAACAAAACCAAUAUCGUGGUGGGUGACAGCAAGUGUAGCACGAAAUGGUGUAGCGAUAGAAAUAAAAAUAUACCAAAGAUCGAAGUGCAAUGGAUGUGGCCGAUGCGACAGAUCGGGUCGUAUUGCAAAUUCGGUGGUACUCGCUACUCCUUCAUUGUUACACCGGAAGAAAUAGUAGUUGCUCGUUUCUAUUUAGAUCAUUCAAUGAAUGACGCUGACAGAGCUGAGUAUAAGUCGAUACCUUGGGGUGCUGCCUCCCCAACAGCAUUAACAAUGAACCUAGCUAUCUGGGCGCUGGCGAUGUUCGCACUUAACGAAGGCCAUCGACCAAUCAGGAGUCGAGAGGAGACGUUACCAUUAAACGUCUGGUGGAAAGACGUGGCUGCCGACGGUUCGUUAACGUACGAGCAUCAUCUUACAGGACGGACAUUGAAGAAACUACCCAAAGGCGGAGAAGCGAGGAAGCGUCCAACUCACAUACCUGAUGUCGUACCCGAAAAUGAAAGGGAACCACCCGUGAGGUCUACUCGAGCAGCCACGCUCAAGAGGAAAAAGGGUUGA